AAUACUAUCGAUAAAAUUAUACAUUUCAAAUUAUUCUUCCUCGAUAGUGUCACUUUCUUUGACAAAAGCCGUUAUGUUCGCUAAAGCUAAGCCGCGCACUCCGUUUGUCAAUACCCAGUUGAGACAGACAAAACUGUGUGUCUCACAGAAGGACCAUAAGCUUAAAUAUGAAGGUUUUGUGCCGGAAGCUCCAAAACUGCGUCCAAAAGUGGAAUUCGUUUAUAUGCCGACACCCCACUCCCUUCCUCCUCCUUCCAACAAAGUCUUGGAGAAAUCUCUUCUGUCCGCUCCUCUUCCACCCAAGAAGGUCUUGCAAGGAACUUAUCAGAAAAAGGAUACAACCAACAAGGAAGAUGUCCUAGCUCUGAUGUCCAAGGGAGGACGUGAUUUAAUAAACUUAAUUGGUCGGGUAGAGUUCUCCCUUAAAACUCAUAAAAUGUAUCCGCAUUUGAAUGUAAUUUGGAAUGUUUAUGGAAAACUGCUACGGAUUAUUAAGGGAAAACGAGGCGAGAAUACAUUACUAGUGCGCAACGAAAAUUCAGGACCUAUUCUUCAGGGGAUCUAUUACGAUUUCGACGGCGAUUUAGAGACUUUGAAUACAGGCAAGUUUGAAUUUUUUCACAUUAAAUUAUUUUAA